CGAAAAGCAACAUGCUUGGCCAACAUGUCGUUCCCUUGGCGCUUCGAAGGCGAGUUUGUGGGUUCAUCUCGUGCAAGUACAGCACCACUGUGGGCAAGACAGUCGUCACGGCCGUCGAGAAAGGUCUUGAGUACGAAGAUCAAGUCGCCCGGGUGAUGGCCCUGUACAACUGCCGCCUCACACCAACGUCGAUGUCAGUGGAUGGCGGCGUGGACCACUACGGAGUGUGGGCGUUACCUGACAACGAUGUGCAAAUCGUUACCCAGUGCAAGCACGAGCAAUCCCCCACCGGCGUGUCAUAUCUGCGCGAGUUUGAAGGUGUGCUGAGUUCCCAGCCAAACAGUGUUGUCGGCGUGUUCGCCAGUGCAUCGGGAUACAGCGUGUUUGCAAAGAGGUUUUUCAGCCGCAUGCAAAAUCCUGCGAUUCGAAUGACCAUUGUCCACGACACCAUGGUCGAGUUCGACAUGAAUCCUGUGGCGCGGCUGCGGUUGCCCCGACUCGUUCCUGGCACGGCAUUUACCAACAACGUUCCCAACGUGGUGCUAAUGUACGAUGGUUGCGUCCUAAGAGCACCUCCAUUCACUCAUGGGUGAUCCAUGUAUGCAUGUCGCUGGUAGACGAAACAAUAAUACUCCGGUUAAUUAUCCGGAUGUACUGCGUGCA